AACUGAUAAGAACAGAUACUACACUUGAUCUUAGCCAAAAGGCCGAGAAAGGUAUGAGUUGAAAUACAUCUGCACCUCGUUUUGUAUCCUAUCCAGCCGUCUUCUACUAUCUCGUCUAGCGAGGUGGCACUAAACUACACAGGCUCUCGAGCGAACGACACCGGUUAGCGCGGAUCAAAACCGAGGCGCGACGGCGCGUCGACCUGCUGGGCUUCAUGUUCCGUUCGAGGGAACACAUGAGCCUGCUUUCGGCCUAUGAACAAGCCCGGCCCAAUACCCGUGAGUCCUUGCGGAGGCCCGUAGAAUUGGCCCAACAACUCGCGACGAAAGCCGAUCCCCACCCAUCUCGCCGUCCGGCCGCGUACCCUGCCGCCGCUGCUGCGGCCGUCGAGAAUCGAGAUGCUUCGAGAAGGCGGCGGCGGCGGCGGCCGAAACGAGGAGGAGGAACGGCACCCCGCGCGCACGGGGGUUCCGGAUGGUCGUUAAAGAUUACCUUCGCCGCCGUCGCGUCAAGGCUUGUCCGCAUCGCGACGGCGACGGUGGAGCUGGAAGGUUUAUCAUCAGCGCAACAGGACAACGACCGCGGCACGCGCCGGCCAGGCUGGCAGCUAGAUGAGCUGGCCCCGUUCCGACUUCCGAUCGACAGCGACACGGCGGGGCGGGGCGGACGAAACCGCGGGCUCGGCAAGCCGGCGGGGCGGGGCGCGCCGCGCGCCUGCCGUAUCGCUGCCGCUGUCGUGGCCGGCCGCGCGCUGCGCCGUCGACGUCGACGACACCUAGAAGCCUGAUCCGUUCGCCUUCGCCUCGGCUGGCGCGCUAUAUAAGCGCGGGCGAGGGCCCGACCAACCUCACUCAUCCAGACCAAGUGUCCUCCUCGCUCACUGAACCUUCCUCGCAGUCGCAGUACUCGGUACUCGCCAGCCUCACAUCCGAUCAGUUCUCGGUUCUGCCUGCGUCACCAUGUCUUCAACGGCGGCGUCCAACCUGGCCGGCCUGUGGCUCGCCGAGCUCGCCGCCGCGGCGCGGGGGGCGUGGCAGGCGAUGGCCUCCAGCCACGGCGAGCGGCGGCGGCCGGGCCGUCAGCAGGAGAAGCUGGGAGCCGUGAAGAAGAGGACGGCGGCGGUGGCGGUGCAAGGAGCCGCCGCGUCCGCGGGGAAGGCGGCGAAGGAGGGGGACGUCGGGAGGUGCGGCGGCGCCAUGUCCGACACCACGGUCUUCCUGCUGCUCGACCGGUUCGCGCCCAGCUGAGCUCAGCUCGCCCCCGCGCUCCGGCGACCGGUUGCGUCCAUCUAUACAGGCGAAACGAAACAAUGGCAGGCGAUGGUUGUGUAAAUGUUGUGGAUUGUGAUGCCAUCUUGCUGUUGGUUGCUCAUCUCCCCCAUUUCUUCGUUCCAUGGGCGUUCCCCUGCAAUGAACAGGGACGCGGAAAUUUCGUAGAACAAUCCAAGAUGUGGUCGCACAGGUUA